CUGUCAUUAAUAGAAUAUUGAGGUUAUGUUUAUUAAAAGAAUUUGUAUUAAUUAAAGGAAUUUAAAGAGACAAACUACUUUUUUUCAAAUUUGUUAUUGAAUUUUAAAGUAUAUAGUAGUUAUAUAGUAUUAAUUAAAUAAUGGAAAGGAAACGCUUUGAAGCUUUACUCACAGAUGAAGCUCUUACAAACGAAAUGGAAGAAAUCAGAGUUUUGAAAGUUUUUUCAGAAACAGAAUUAACAGAUAUCAAGGAGAAAAAACGUGAUUUAAGGUUAAAACUUCGUGGGCCAACUCGAACAAGUAAAGAUUUGAAAGAAUGUAUAAACUACGAAAAAAGAAUUGUGGCGGAAAUAACGGAUCGUUUAAAACAUGAAAAGAAAUCAUCAAUAACAAAUGCUCUAGUUGAAAACAUACGGUACAUUUAUGAUGUUGGAAUAAAAAUAUUUUCGAACGAUGCUACAUUGUUGAUGGAAUGUUUUGAUUUUUGUCGAAAAGUAAAAUAUUUUCAUGGAUGUCAAGCUGCAGUUGAUAUGAUGUAUAAAUUGCAUCAAAAUAAUGAUAAAGUUUGGUAUUUAAUCGUACGCUUUUAUGCAUACGAUAUUGGUAAUGUUCAUAAAGGUUAUCGAUUACUUAAUGAAGGUUUAAAUUUACACAAAUCAAGCAAAAUCCUCUUAAAAGAAAAAUUUGAAUUAGAAAUUAUACUUGCAGUUGGAAGAAAUUUUAAAAAAACUGAACCUCAAGCAAUAGAUCUUAUGGAAAAAGAAAAUGUGUGUUUAGAAAAAUUAAAGAAGCAUUUUGAAGAUAUUAAAGGAUUAGUACAUGCAAGUGAUUUAUAUGUAGAUAUAGUCCAAGCAAUUGAAAAAUAUGACUUCACACAACCAAUACAGAAAAGCAUUGUUACUUAUUUAUAUCAAAAUUAUUCAUCAGAAGCCAUUGUUUGGGAUAUUGUUGCCAAACGAGAGGCGAAAGGAUUUUUUGAUUUACUAGAUAUGGAACUAAAACCAAACAGAACAUCUCAAGAAGCAAUGUUUGAUCAGUGUAUUCGCCGAUAUCAGGAUGGUUUGAAUUUGGUUCAAGGGACUGAAAAACGGAAACUGUGGAGAAUUUAUUUAGAUUAUUUGGUGGAUCAAGAGAAAGAUAUUCCAGCGGUUACAAAAAUGAAAAUGACUAUGCUUCGAAAAGGUUUAGAUGAAGCAUCUGCGCAGGGUUAUAAAUUUCCUGAUCAUUAUUUAACUUGGUUAGCAUUUCAAGAACAUGGAAAUGACAUGGAAGCUCUUAUGCAUGGUGGAGGAACAGUAAUGUUUCCAAAAAAUCCUGACGUUUGGUGCGCAUAUUUAAAAAGAGCAAUGAAAACCCAAGAUGCUCUUUUAAUGAGGGAUGUAUUCCAUCGAGGUUUAAUGAAAUUAAAAGAUAAAUCAUAUCCACUUUGGUUACAAAUGAUCAGAUACGAAAUGUUAAUGGGUCACGAAGAUCAAGUUAUAUCUCUGUACAAAGUCGGAUGUAAAUCUUUAGGAGAAGUCAGUGUAAAAUUACGACCGCGAUUUCUUGAUUACCUCCUCUUAACAAAAGGCAUAACCGUUGCUCGCGCUUCCUAUUUAGAUAUGAUGAACUUUCUUCCUCCUUCUAAACAAUUACACAGUAAAAUGGCUGAAUUAGAACUCUCACAAAUCAACAUUAACAUGGCACAAUUAGAACAAGUCUACAAAAACGCUAUCCAACAAUUUGGUAAAACGGAUGUGGACGUUUGGUUGGAUUAUAUCAGUUUUUAUUAUAAAAUAAAAAGAAGUGCUGAUUUAAAAAAGAGCACUGAUAAAGUUUGCGCUGAAGCCAAACAGCAGUUGAGUGAGGAAUUAAUUUCACAAUUUUCAAUAAAACUUAUAGAAUUUUUAAAAGAAAUGGAAAUUGUUAAAUAUUAGACAAAUAAGUUAGAAAUUAUUAAUUAUCUUUUAAUAUAAUAAUUAGAUAGAUAUAAGGUAAAAAUAAGACGUAUAUAUAAGAUAAAUUUAUAUUAAUUAAUUUUAAUGAAUGUUAAGAAAGUAAUUAAUUGAUCUAAUUGACCAAGUCGUCGCUCAAGCAAGUGUAACACAUAUUAGUGUUCCAACUACACUUGACUAUUAGUUGCUGGUUACAUGUACUUGAACACCUUACUUUUAAUCAAGUGUUCUAAUCGCACUGGUACAUGUGCUUAUCCGUAAACCGGUAAAUUGACAAAAUAGCCUGGAGCAAGCACAUUUUGUUCUGUUAUUUAGAAUUAUAAAACUGUUCCAUAUAACAAUAUCACCACAAACAUUGAUCAUAUAUUUUCAAAACUUACCUUAACACAGCGUUUCUCAACCUGUGGGGCGCCCCCCCCUAGGGGGGCGUCAUAAUUCUACAUGGGAGGCGCCAACACAUCAAAAUGAAAAAAAAAGAUAAUUACUAAUAAAAAAUUAAUGUCAUUCUGACAUUACAAAAAAUGAAGUAAGUACAGUACACGCUUAAACUAAUACACUCAUACUAUUACCUAGGCAUUUAAUUACUAUAAAUAUAAUUGUAUCAGGUACUGUCAAAUGCCAAAUGAAACUAAUAAUAGACUCAUCAGUACUAAAUUAAAAGUAGCUGUAAUGAUUAUAAUUAUUAGUGACUCCCUUGGGCCUGUCUCGCACAGCAAAGUUUUUCAAAAGAAGGUUUUAUAUUACAAAUAGCCACUCUCAGUUCUUUGGUCUAUAUUCAGUCGAGACCUAUAUUUUGUCUUUAAAGCAGCCACCGCAGAAAAUCCGGCUUCAAAAAGGUAGGAUGUUGAAAAUGGUAAUAAUAUACGAAAUGCUCUUCUUUUCAGUGGAGAAAAUUCAUCAUUCAAUCCAGUCCAAAAUUCAAGAGAGAUUUAUUACUAAAUUCUCUCCAUUACUAAAUUUCGCCGCUUGCAGUAAAGUCUAUGAAGAUUUCUUCUUCUGCAGUUGAGAGACCUUCGUGAGUAGUUCGAAAUGGAUCCCUAACCCACUCGUAACUUGCUGCCAAUGUGUCGUCAGCAAGAAAAUAUUUUCAAAAUUCUGUGCCAACAUGGCUAAAUGACUCUAUUAUAACAAAAACAACUUUCACAUACUGUUCUUCUUUCUUGUAUGUUUUGAAAUAUUCAUUCACCUUUGCAAACAUUUCUAGUUUUUUUUUGUUUUACAUUUCUGCUCCACAGCUCCAAAUUUCUACAGAAAGCACUAACUUUAUCACUGCUAUCCCACAUGUGCGUGUUUGCUCCUUGGAGUUGUAGAUUCAAUACCCUGAAUCAAUAAUUUCUCGAAUAUGUAACCAAUUUCAUCACAAAUAAAGCAUCUCGAAACUUUUUGGCUUCCAGGCGGUUUUCCUCUCCUAGAAAAGUGGCAAUUUCCUCUUUUAACUCAUAAACACGUAGAAAUUUCCCACGCGAUGGCCUCACAAUAAAAUAGCAACGUUGAAUGUUCUGCACCCAUAUCUUUGCAAAGUGCAUUAAAAAUUCUUGAUUUUACGGGUCUCAUUUUUAUAUAAGUUACUACAGUUACAACCGUCGUUAGCACAAUGUUGAGACCAGGACUCAUUUCUUUGGAAACCAGAGCCUUUAUGUUCCAAACACAUUGCGGAGAUUUUUGUUUCACAAGUGCUUGUAAGCUUUGGAAUCUUCCAGACAUUGUAGAAUCACCAUUGGUGCAUAUUCCAACGCAAUUCUUCCACUCUAUGUUUGCCUCAUUAAUAAAAUCAUUUAAAAUAUCAAAUAAAGUGAGUGCUGUUGCUUUGAGUUCUAUAGGUUUGCAGAAAAAUAGUUCUUCUACUGCCGAUAUGCGAUCACAAAAUCAAACAUCGGCCGUUAAAUGAGCGUCUUUAUUGCUAUCUGUUGCGUCGUCAAGCUGGAUCGAAAACAAUUUGUCAUACAACUUUUCAAGAAGCUGGUGCUGUACAUCUUCGGCUAUAUCACCAAUUCGGCGGGCAACAGUAUCAUUUGAAAGAUGUAUAGAUUGUAAUUGUUUGGCAAAAUUAUCUCCAAACAUAGUUUCUACAAUCUCCAUCGCAGCUGGCAGAAUAAGGUCUUCACCAAUGGUGUGAGCCUUUUUAUAUCUGGCUAUUUUAUAUGUUACUUUGUAAGAGGCAAGUAAAACUUUUUCGUUCACAAACAAAGUUUUUUUGAAGAAUGAUUUUGCGCUUCAUAUGACUAAUUUGAAUUCAAAGAAUUCUCGGGGCUUGUUAACGUACUCACUAUGAAGUGUUUCCAAAUGGCGUCUAAGUUUAUUAGGUUUCAUGCUGCCUGCUGCCAAAAUUUUUAAACAAAUGACGCAAAAAAAGGUAGGGGGUCGCCAUAAAAAUUGUUAUUGCAAAUUGGGGCCCGAAUACUGAAACGUUGAGAAACGCUGCCUUAACAGUUUGUUAAUUAUUCACUGUGCUACAAAUUCUAACUUUUUUUUGUGUAUAGUAGAUCAGUUGAGUGUUUUUAGUUAAUUAUGAAUUGCUGAUUUCAAAUAUGCUUUCCAUUUUUUUGUAACACGUCACGUUUUUUUUUUAUUCAGGCUUCUCACAGCUACGAGUCUUAGGAUUUUGUAGGGAAACUAUAGAUGCAAUGAAUUUGAUAUUUGGCAAAUUGAUAUAAGGUGAAGACCUUCUAGUGGUAGUGUCAUGUUUGUAUGUAGAUACCAUUUCCGGUUACACCGGAAAUUGUUACUGACAUCACUAUUAUUAAGAAAAUUUGAAAAUUUUAUUUAGCAGUUGGUUACAUAAUGUAAUUCUAAACAACUUUUUUGCACGAUCGGACUAUUUUGUUUAUUUACGAGUAGUGUUUCUGUGACGGUACCGUUCUAGAACGGUAAAACUUACUCGUGUGAUUACACGACUCGGUCUACGACCUCGUCGUGCAAUUCUCCACACUCGUACAGUAAUUAUGUUUCU